ACCUAUUUCACACGUUGUCCUUCUAGAAGAAUUCAAAAUCCAUUUUCUCUAAAAGAAAACAGAGAGGGUGGUUUUCUUAUAGCAGUAUGCUGAUGGAAAAAUGCUUUCUGAAAGCAGUUCAUUUUUGAAGGGUAUGAUGCUUGGAAGCAUUUUCUGUGCCUUGAUCACUAUGCUAGGGCACAUUAGGAUUGGUCAUGGAAAUAGAAUACACCACCAUAAGCAUCAUCAUCUACAAGCUCCUAACAAAGAAGAUAUCUUGAAAAUUUCAGAAGAUGAACACAUGGAGCUCAGUAAGAGCUUUCGGGUAUACUGUAUAAUCCUUGUGAAACCCAAAGAUGUGAGUCUUUGGGCUGCAGUGAAGGAGACUUGGACCAAACAUUGUGACAAAGCAGAGUUCUUCAGUUCUGAAAAUGUUAAAGUGUUUGAGUCAAUUAACAUGGAAACAAAUGACUUGUGGUUAAUGAUGAGAAGAGCUUACAAAUAUGCCUUUGAUAAAUACAGAGACCAAUACAACUGGUUCUUCCUUGUACAUCCCACUACGUUUGCUAUUAUUGAAAACUUAAAGUACUUUUUGUUGAAAAAGGAUCCAUCACAGCCUUUCUAUCUAGGCCACACUAUAAAAUCUGGAGUUGAAUAUGUGAAUAUGGAAGGAGGAAUUGUUGUAAGUAUAGAAUCAUUUAAAAGACUUGACAGCCUUCUCAGUAUCCCUGAAAAGUGUCCUGAACAAGGAGGGAUGAUUUGGAAGAUAUCUGAAGAUAAGCAACUAGCAGUCUGCCUGAAAUAUGCUGGAGUGUUUGCAGAAAAUGCAGAAGAUUCUGAAAGAAAAGAUGUGUUUAACACCAAAUCUGUUGGGCUUUUUAUUAAAGAAGCAAUGACUAAUCACCCCCACCAGGUAGUAGAAGGAUGUUGUUCAGAUAUGGCUGUUACUUUUAAUGGACUGACUCCUAAUCAGAUGCAUGUGAUGAUGUAUGGGGUAUACCAUCUUAGGGCAUUUGGGCAUAAUUUUAAUGAUGCAUUGGUUUUCUUACCUCCAAAUGGUUCUGACAAUGACUGAGAACUGGAACAAGAGCGUGUAUAUAAUCACUGUAUAGGAUGUGUUGUCAUUAUUUAUGGUAACAACUACAUAUCCAACACAGUGAUAUGUUUCAUUUUAUUUUUCUUUUUGUAAUUUGGUAGCACUGGUAUAAUCACUUGUUCAAGUUUAGUGGUUCAUUUUUUAAUGUGGUGGGGUUUUUUCCCUUAAAACGUAUACGAAAAAUUUCAAAUGGGUUGGAAAGAUAAUGUUUUAAGAAUAAUAAUUUUGCAAGUAAAGGGUAUAUUUGUAAAUACUGUAUUUAUUAGAUAAAUUCUAAAUUAUGAACAUUAAAAUCUAAUGUGGCACGUUUUUGGUGACUGAUUAAAAAUGCAAUGUGUCUUUCUAGCUUUUGACGAUAUGCAAAUAGAAUCUCUAGUUGUGAAUUUGCAAUAAAGGUAGAAAUGUUAGCUGUAUGUUUCCUUUACUUCUAAUGUGGAUUCAUGUUCUAAGCCUCCCCAAGUGCCAAUGGAUUUGCCUUCUCAAAAUGUAUAACCAAGUAACUAAGGAAAUGUUCCUAACCAAUGUUAAAGUGAAAGUUGAAAUCUAUCCCUGAGAGUAAAGUGA